AUGCAACAACUCUACGAAACAACCGAAGCGGAAAUAGAAGAAUGGGAUCCAGUUCAAUAUGUCGCUGAGGAUGAGCAUGGCAAAGAGCUGCUCCAGACGCCUGCUUCGACCAAGAAAAUUGAAGAAGAACGCAAGAAGCAUGAGCGAUCAAAGCCUAGAUGUUUUCGGAUUUCUCUUCGACAUUCUUGUUGUAUUCACCUCCCGCUCUCCUCACUGUCUUCUACCACUGGGAAGCUGCGAAAUACGGACCAGGUUCCCGCUACUGCCUCGCACCCGCAGAGCUUCACCUUCUUCCCGCCAUCGAUGACGUUGCGAGCAAACUGGAGAGACUACAUCCUCGUUGAUGAGCGCGACAAACCUCCGGGUCCGUACUUGGACGAAUCAACCGCCGAUCUCCUGCGUUGCAUCAACAGGCAUGCGCGACUACAUUUGAGGUCGUCGUUUAGCGUGACGCGGAGAGGACGAGACAAUGACCGCGGAGGAGCUGGUGGAGCCGGUGCCCUCGACGACACCGAUGAUGUUGCGGGUGUCAACUUCAACAACUACUCUCGAGACUCCCUCAUGCGCAAGCUCGCCCGGAUGAAGAACCCGCCUGUCGCCUGUGCCAAAUGA